AAUAGAUAUUUGUUUUUUAAUUACAAAUUUUUAAUAUCUGGUAAAAUCCAACCUCCAUAACCGCUUCUGAAACAAGUUUGUGACAUUACCAAUUCACCAUCCUCCUGGAUUAGUUAACCAAUUUCCAUGUCUUGGAAUCACAAACACGCCAACCCUCGUCUUCAAUCUCUAUAACAUUCUUCACAUAUAUCUUCAUUUUUUAGGAUUUGAAGAUGGGGAUGGAUAAAGUUUUUGCCAUGUCCAAGAUGAGGAAAGCAGAAUUGGUGAAAGGGGUGGUGAUCAUUGCUGUGAUGAUGGCUAUGCUUGUUGCCGAUGCAGCUGAUACAAAUGAUGUUUAUAGUCCAUGUAAUGAUGCUAAAGUUCAGAAAGGAGAUGGUUUUACAUUUGGUAUUGCAUUUUCGGAGAAGCAAUUUUUAUCCCAAGACAAUGGCCCACAGCUUUCCCCUUGUGACAAACGCCUAGACCUCACAAACAAAGGAGCACAGCUUGCUGUUUUUAGGCCAAAGGUUGACGAGAUCUCCCUACUUACCAUUAACAGGAGCACCCUAAACCCGGGCACAGCUGGAUAUAUGGUUGCAUUUGCUGGGCAGAAAUAUGCAGCAAGGUCACUGCCUAUUAUGUUUGGUGACAACACUCACACAAUUACUAGUUUCACUUUGGUUCUUGAAUUUCAAGAGGGAACCCUUAUAAACUUGUAUUGGAAGAGCUUCGGUUGUGGUGCAUGUUCUAAGGGGAGCAUUUGCCUGAAUCAACAAGAAUGUGCAGUGCCAAACACAGAGUGUCAAAACCGUGGAAGGAAUGCCUGCAACAUGGGUGUACAGUUGGUAUUCUCAGGGACUGACAAGAAUCUCAACGCUCUUAAUUCUUGGUAUGAAGUGAAAAAUCUAAGGCAGUACUCCCUCUAUGGGUUAUACUCCAAUCUUCGUGACUCCAUCGUCGGGCCAUAUGAAAAGUUCUUUUAAGUUUACAUAUUUCCAGCUUGCAUGCAUUGGAGACUGUACUCAUUUAACUGUUAUUUGUGAGUCAAUGUCCUUUGUAUUCACAAUCAAAAUCCCAAACAACUUGUCUAUUUC